AUGAAGAAAUCCGGACGAGCCGUCUCCGUUCGCAACUUCAAUUCGUCCUCUCCAUAUUCCGAUUCGGACUCUGAGUCCGAGUCCGGGUCCGAAUCGUCGUCUUUAGAUUCCUAUUCCCGUGGCUAUUCUGACUCGUCCUCCUUAAGUCCCAAUUUUGACUCUGGCUCCGACCCUGUGUCCCCGUCAUCAGAUUCCUAUUCUGAUCACUAUUCCGACUCCGGCUUUUAUCCCUGGUCACCGUAUUCAGAUUCCAAUUUGUAUCGGUCUUCCAACUCGUCCUCUUCAUAUUCCCAUCUCAACUCUGAUACCAACUCCGAGUCACCGUCGUCACAUCCCUAUUCCGAUUUAUCCCCUUCAGGUACUGGCUCCGAGUCAUCUUUAGAUUCCUAUGGCAGGUUAUCCUUUUCAGAUCCUGACUCGGAUUCCAAGCUCCACUUGGGACAACAUGCUGCCAAGCGCAAUGACAAUCAAGUUUCUCAUAUAAAGCGUGAGUGUAGGAACAAGCGCAAGGCAGAAGAAAGUUCCUGGGAGCUGCACACUUUGAAACGGGGCAAGGAUGGAUUGCAAACCGCAGGCCAACAAAGCACGAAAUUGACGGAUGGCAGUACCGACUCUAGGGGACCAUCAGAUAGCUUCUGCAGAAUCUGUAUGGAGGAGAAAGAGGCAGAUGAGAUGUUUAUUGUAAGCACGGCAUGCUCCCACUCCUUCUGCUCCAUCUGCAUAAUAAAGCACGUCUCCAACAAGAUCAAAGAGAACUUAGAGACGGUCUGCUGCCCUGGCAAUGGAUGUAAGAAUGUGGUGGAGAUUGAUAGUUGUGGAAGGAUUCUUCCAUCGGAGGUUCUGUCCCAUUGGGAAAAGUUGCUGUGUGAGGCUACAAUCCCCGAACACCAGAAGUACUACUGUCCAUUCCGGGACUGCUCAGUGAUGUUGGUCAACGACACUGAAGAGCUUAUUCGACGGUCGGAGUGCCCGUACUGCCACAGGAUGUUCUGCACUCAGUGUCGCAUGCCAUGGCACGAGGGAGGAGAGUGCAACAGAUUGAGGAAGCUGACUAAGGAUGAGCACCACACUUCUACAGAGCAUGAGAUAAAGGGACGGAGGUGCCCUAGAUGCAACUUCUACUUGGAGAGAAAGUCGGGUCGCUGUCACAUGAAAUGCAGGUGUAACUUCAGAUUCUGCUGCAAUUGUGGAGCGACAUGGACCGAUUGUUGCUGUAAGAAAAAAUAAAUAGGAAGUUGAGGUCAAGUAACUGCUGGCUCUGUUAUUGUUAUCUUUUCGAGCUGGAGAUGCAGUCAAGUGUACGUACAAGCAGUGGACGUCUCACAGAAACAAAAUGUGACUAGAGAUUCAGUGACUUAAUUAAAGAAACUCCGUUUUGAGUUUUUUA